AAUCCAUAAAUAUCUCACUCAGGUGUUCUUCAAAAGUGGGGAUGACAUCUAUGCUAACAUUGAUACACUGAAGAACAUGGUCGGACCAAGAGAGGAGCCUGUUGGAGCAGGAGGAGAGGCUGUUGGACUGGGAGAAGGGGCUGUUGGACUGGGAGGAGGGGCUGUUGGACUGGGAGAAGGGGCUGUUGGACUGGGAGAAGGGGCUGUUGGACUGGGAGGAGGGGCUGUUGGACUGGGAGAAGGGGCUGUUGGACUGGGAGAAGGGGCUGUUGGACUGGGAGAAGGGGCUGUUGGACUGGGAGAAGGGGCUGUUGGGCCGAGAGAGGAGGCUGUAACAGCAGCAGGUUCCUCAGCCUUGACCCAACGGGAUUCAGAGGAAGCAGCAGACCCAGCAGCAGACAGAGCUUGGAAAAUGGACAACCAAACAGGACUCGGCAGCGACGCUCUCAUCAACAAAGCUCCACCCAACGUAGAGUACUCCCAGCUGUUCUUCAAAAGUGGAGCGGACACCUAUGCCACCAUUGAUAAACUGAUGAACACGGUCGGACCGAGAGAUAAGCCUGUUGGAGCAGGAGAAGGGGCUGUUGGACCGAGGGAGGAGGCUGUAACAGCAGCAGGUUCCUCAGCCUUGACCCAACGGGAUUCAGAGGAAGCAGCAGACCCAGCAGCAGAAAGGGAGGUGGAGGACUGUGAUGUCCUGUACACAACAGUGAACUGGAAGAAGAAGACCUAGAAAAAAGAGGUCUGAGCUCCUGGGGCAGAGCCCCUCUGGGGCCCAGGGCCCCCUAGACUUCCUCUGGGGUGGAUGAGGGAUGAGCUAAGGGCUAGAGGGAUGAGCUAAGGGGAGGGAGGAGUUAAGGGCUACAUUGAUGGGUAAAGGCUAGAGGGAUGAGUUAAGGGCUACAUUGAUGGGUAAAGGCUAGAGGGAGGAGUUAAGGGCUACAUUGAUGGGUAAAGGCUAGAGGGAGGAGUUAAGGGCUACAUUGAUGGGUAAAGGCUAGCCUAGAGGGAUGAGCUAAGGGCUACAUUGAUGGGUAAAGGCUACAGGGAUAAGUUAAGGGCUGCAGGGAUGAGUUAAGGGCUGCAGAUUCACAAAGAAUCUUAGGGUUGAAAGUUAUUCACAAGUGGCGAAUUUAGGAGAAACCCCUAAAAAUAAUGGGCGUGUCAGUCUUGUCAGUCUUUGGCUCCUAAUUGAUUUUACUUGGAGCAAUUCACAGUAUUUUAAGUAUUUUAGGCCUAAAAGUAGCACCUAAGUCUAGGAGAGCUUAAAAGCCCUCGAGAGGACUCUUUAACUCAGUAAGAGCUAUUCACAAAGAAUCUGGAAAUGGCUGCAUCGAGACGAAAGGUUUUGGAGGCAAUGGAGGACUGCGAAUUGAUAAAUAGAUAUAGGCGUAAGGGUAUCAAACUUGUGGUUGAAUUUGUGAAUAACACCUUGAUAUUUAGCAACAGGGAAAAUGCAACUUUGCAAUGCUGACGAUUUAGGAAUAUCGCUUUUAAGGGAAAUGUAUAAAUAUGUCCUCAGUUGUUUUAUAUACAGUGUAUGUAUAUAUAUAUAUAUUGUGAUUAUUCUUUACCCAAGUCCACAGCAUAAUUAUUGCACCACUGUGGGGAGCUGUGUAAGGAUGCAGGCUUGCAUAUGUAAAUGAAGGUGCGUUCACAUCAAGCACAUGUUCAGGAUGUAUAAUGCAGUUCUAAAAGAGCUCGGCUGAGCGUAACAUGUAUAAAUGGUAUUGAGAAAAUAAACCAUGCCAAAGAGCUAAAGAGUU